AUGUCGAUGAUACCAGGCGGAAGACCGGGAACGUCGGAUCCAUCCAGCAUCCCCUUAGCUCUCUUCCCGGCGAUCCACUGGUUCCGAGCGUCGCAGGUGAUCAGCUUGACGAUGAUAGGGCGAGGUCGUCCACCCUUGGCAGGGAUGCGAAAGCACGAAGUUAUAUCGCCAGGGGCGACCUCCACACCAAUGGCGGCAGCAAUGCUCGAAACAGUCUCGCGGAGGGCUUCAGAAGGUGGCUCCCUGGCACCAAAGAUGAUUAGUUCCGAACUCAGCCUGGCCCGCUCAAGAGUCUCCAGCCUUGCCUCGAUCCCCUCGAACUCCCAGGUAAAACUCACCUUUUUCUCGAAAUUCCUUCAAUUACCCCCGUUGAAUUACCUGGUGAAGAACAUGAGUGGUGGUGAGCAAAGACGAGUCUCUUUUGCCAGCGCGUUGAUCCACAAUCCUGAACUUCUAAUUUUGGAUGAACCCACUGUGGGAUUAGAUUCAACUUUAAGGACUUACCUGAAGAGGCUUACGGAGGAUAAAGGUGUCACUGUGCUAAUAACCACACAUUAUAUCAAUGAAGCUGCAAAUGAUAAUAAAAUCGGUUUGAGACGUGGUAAAUUACUGGCGGAAUCGGCACCGCCUGAUUUGUUGACGCAAUUUCAAUGCUCGUCUUAG